AAUUCUCGGAAAUGUUGAUCUUCUUCGGUCUCGCAAGUGUAAUCAACGCUCUCUCAUCCUCUCUUCCUCCUUCUCGUCUUCCCGUUUUCUUCUCUAUUCGUCGAAGCAAUUUUUUUUUUCCUUUUUUUUCCCCUCUCAGAUUCGAUUCUCCGUCUUCCUCAGUUCGAAUAUGUUCAUUGUGAAGGUCCUACACGUGAAGUUUUGAGCUGGCUCUUUUAGCUUUUGUGCUGGCCAUAAUUGAUGCAGGUCCACAUCUAUUUCUAAGUUGAAGGUCUUGACUGAUUUUGGCUUACUUGUUGGAUCCUGUGUUUGUGAUAUUGUCACAUCUUCUGUGAUCUCUUCUUGGCUAAUAUAGAAAGUGAAAGUCCUUGUUCAAGGCUUCUUUGUUUAAUGGCAGCUCAGAGAUUCAACUCACAAACUCAUUGCCUUGUUUGAGAGACGUCAACUAUGUCAGAUAGAUGGGCUCGGCAAAACGCAGAACCGGCUCAUGUCUUUGCUGAGAGAAGAAACGUGAAUAAAAACGUUUCAAUUCAGACCGGCGAGGAGUUUUCAAUGGAGUUUCUCAAGGAUCAUACUCGUAAUGAAAGGCAUAGAUUUGGGGACCUUUACUAUCAGAAUCAACCACUGGGAUAUGACACUGGUGCUCGGUUUCAAGAACCGAGGAGGACAGAAUCGGAAUGUCCUUCUGAUGCAUAUGAUUUCGGACGCGACCCGAGGGCUUCUUCACGGGUUGAGAACGGUGGCUAUACGCCUCGUUUUAACGCUUGCCACAACGUUGGUGGUGAGAAAGAAGUUAUAACAAGGAAAGCUUUUGGUGAAAUAAACUCAAACCAAGGGUGUGUCACAGGGAGGUCUGCACCUUCUGUGUACUUACCAGAGCGUGUUCAGUCAAACAACUAUAAUGGAGGAGGAGAUUUCGACAGAUUCGGGAAAGUAAAAUUUCUUUGCAGCUUUGGUGGGAAGAUUAUGCCAAGAUCCACAGAUGAUAAACUGAAAUAUGUAGGGGGAGAGACGCAUAUCGUUUCUAUACGCAAGAACCUCUCAUGGGAAGAACUCAAGAAGAAGACCUCAGCUAUAUGCCAACAACUGCAUUCAAUCAAGUAUCAGCUUCCAGGGGAUGAGCUUGACUCUCUAAUAUCAGUAUCUUCGGACGAGGAUCUUCAGAAUAUGAUUGAAGAGUAUAAUGGGCUAGAAAGGCUCGAGGGCUCGCAAAGGCCACGGCUGUUCUUGAUUCCUAUUGGGGAGCCUGGAAACAAGGCUCAGCAAAACACUUCUGAUUGCCAAUAUAGUGACCCUAAUCCAAGGAAAAUCGUCGGUGGUCAGAGUAUGGUUAGUGAUACAAGCUAUCAUGUAAACCAUUUGGAUCGCAAUCCAAGUUUAGGUAUUCGACCACCGGGUCAGAUACUUCGGCUGGAUACUACUGCAAUGCACACGAAUCAACAUUUCAAUGGAGUUCAGUAUAACAUGUCUUCCUAUCCAUCACCUCCUAUUUCUCCUUCACCAUUCCAACAUAGAGAAUCAAACGGUGCAUUCUCACAAUUCCAUGGCAACAACUCGAGCUCAGAGAGCAAUAAUUCCUUCACUCCAGUUCAACCAGAUCCCUCUAACUUUGAGACGAUUGAUUCCAAAUAUCAUCAAAAUCGGCCACUGCCUUCAGUAAACUGUCAGACUUACAAGCAGGAGGCAGAGAACCCUUAUGGGAUUCAAUUCCAGAGUGGCAUCAACAAAAACCCUGAGACUCCCAAUAUCAGUCAUGUUGAUACUUUUGGCUUUAACCUUGACAGGUCUGCGAAUAAAGUGUGCAUACCCGAAGAAUCUAAGGUCUCGUUUUCUGGUUCUACAAAUUCAAAUGAUUCGUUCUUGGGAAUCCCACACUCGUACUCGGACUCUACUCUGGAGAUUAAUGGUGGACACUCUAGUUACUUUUCACAAGAGAGACAGAGCCCAUCUUCACCAUUCAACUUUACAAAGAAACAAACACAAGAAAAGCCAGUGCAGGUGCAUAGGAAUAACGAUCUAGCUGACCGUCGUACACAAAGUAAUAUACUCGAUUUGAAGUCCAGUGAGGGAGGACCAGGACUAUCCGGUGAUAGCCAAAUAUUACAUGGAGACAUUUCUGCCGCAGCCAAUCAUUAUGAUGAGAUUUAUCUAAAUCAAGAAACCAAGAAUCAAGAAGGGAACAGUGAAACAGUUUGUCAUCAAGGUGGGAAACUACUGGGGACAAGAGCAACCCCUACUGACAUGGCAUGCAAGAACUUGCCUACCAAUAGAAACCAGACCUAUAUGGUUGUUGACCCGUGGAAGCAAAUAAAGCAAGAUAAUGAUCGUUUGAUGGCUGGAACCUCAUCCGGGAAUCUAAUAUCCUUGGAAGAAGGCAUUGCACCUGACACCCCAAAUGAGGAAAUAGCAGGCAUUCUGUACCACACGGGGAACGAGAAAAGAGUCGAUCAGAAAGCUUCUGAUCUUAUUCAAGAACCUAGAAGUCAUGCUGUUCGGGCAAGGAAUUUGGAAAUAUCAGGGAUCUUGUUGAAUAAAAGAGGGCAAUCUAAUGAGGAUUUCUUGUUCAACAUCUCCUCAGAAUCAGCAAACAGCCCAAUUGUUCAUGAGACAGGAGGUUUAGAACUUGAUCCAACACAAAAGAAGAGAACACAAAUAGGCCAUGUGAGAAUCCCAAGCAUUGAUAUCAAUAAACCAGCGCCAACGACGGUCAGUGAAACUUACGAUUCACCACAAACCAGCCCACUCACAAAGAUGAAGAGCAGUGAUACUGUGUUCCUUUCUGAGGAAGCUGAAGCCAAUAUCGGCGAAAAAGAGAAUAGUUUUAACGACACACUCAUUGCUGAAAUGGAAGCCAGUGUGUAUGGUUUGCAGAUAAUAAAGAACGCUGAUCUUGAAGACCUAACAGAACUGGGAUCCGGGACAUAUGGAACUGUCUACCACGGAACAUGGCGAGGAACGGAUGUUGCUAUAAAGAGAAUAAGGAAGAGCUGCUUUGCAGGGAGAUCAUCUGAACAAGAUCGCUUGACCAAAGACUUCUGGAGGGAAGCACAGAUACUCUCAAAUCUUCAUCACCCUAACGUUGUUGCAUUCUACGGUAUAGUCCCUGACGGAACUGGAGGAACCUUGGCAACUGUUACCGAGUUCAUGGUGAAUGGAUCACUCAGGCAUGCUCUUCUCAAAAGGGACAGGUUGCUUGACGAUCGGAAGAAGAUAAUAAUCGCAAUGGAUGCUGCUUUUGGUAUGGAGUAUUUACACUCGAAGAACAUCGUCCACUUUGAUCUCAAAUGCGAGAACUUACUCGUCAAUCUAAGGGAUCCACAACGGCCUAUUUGCAAGGUGGGAGAUCUUGGAUUAUCUAGAAUCAAACGUAACACUUUGGUAUCCGGUGGAGUAAGAGGAACACUUCCAUGGAUGGCUCCUGAACUCUUGAUCGGAAGCAGCACUCGAGUUUCCGAGAAAGUCGAUGUUUUUUCAUAUGGGAUCUCGCUAUGGGAGAUUCUAACGGGAGAAGAGCCUUAUGCAGAUAUGCACUGUGGAGCAAUCAUUGGUGGGAUUGUGAAGAACACGCUUCGACCACCAAUACCGAAAACUUGUUCACCGGAGUGGAAGAAGCUGAUGGAACAAUGCUGGUCCAUAGACCCGGAUUCACGUCCUCCGUUCACCGAGAUAACAAGCCGGCUUCGAUCCAUGUCAAUGGAACUCGUCACUAAAAGCAAGAAAAGAGAUAACAAAACCUGAUUUUACACAACAUCAGAGAAAUCAAGAAACGGUUUGGUUCAUCGACACUGUCAAAAAUCCGCAUAUAUUUAUCUCAUUCUUCCACUGUGUACAAAAAAAAAAACAUAUAUGUAGAAGUAUAAUGUCAUGUAAAUAAC